AUGACAGAAGCUUCAACAAGAUCAGUAAUGAGACAAGUCAACCCAACACAAUCAACCGCACGCUUUCGAGCGCCCAGACGUCCAGAUCACGGUACACUUGGGAAAGAUAUCAACCUACGCUCAAACCACUUUGCCAUGAAGAUUCCUACUAUGAUAGUCCAACACUACUACAUCGACAUCAGUCCAGUGUGUCCGAGAAGAGUGAAUAGGCAAAUCUUCAACAUUCUCAUUAAUGCAAUCCAAGGGCAGUUCAUCGGCACACUUCCUGUAUAUGACGGAAAACACAACAUAUAUGUCCAGGAACUAUUCCAAUUCGGCAAAGAGAAGAAAGAAUUCGAAAUAAUGCUGCCAGACGAAUCACCCACGAAACGACCAUUCAAAGUUUCAAUAAACUGGUCAAAGGAAAUCUCUAUAGAUGGGGAUUCAGAAGAUUCUGAGUUGUCAUACGACGCUCUUCAAGUGGUGGACACAGUACUUCGUCAUGUUCCCAGCUCAAAAUAUUCACCAGUCGGGAAGUCUUUCUACUCUCCACCAGUGCUUAAAAACGGACGUCUCCUCCACGAAUACAAGCUUGGUGGAGGCCGAGAAAUAUGGUUUGGCUAUCAUCAAUCGGUUCGGUCAUCUCAAUGGAAAACGAUGCUGAAUAUAGAUGUCUCCGCUACAGCAUUCUAUGGUACCAUGACAAUGAUGGCGUUUUUAGCAGAGGUCCUAGAGCUACCAUAUCAAGCUCUAGCAGAAAAACGAAUAUUAUCGGAUUCCCAACGCGUUAAAUUCGUCAAAGAAGUCAAACAUCUUAAAGUGGAAAUAACUCACUGCGGAGCAAUAAAAAGAAGAUAUCGUGUUAUCAAUGUCAGCCGUCGCCCUGCGACCACACAAACGUUCCCAAGAGUAUUGGAUAAUGGAGAGACGAUUGAAUGUACCGUGGCAAAGUAUUUCAAGGAUAAGUACAACAUGGAUUUGAAGUACCAACAUCUGCCAUGCUUGCAAGUCGGGAAAGAAGAAAAUCACACUUAUCUGCCAUUAGAAGUCUGCAAUCUGGUUCCCGGGCAACGAUGCAUCAAGAAACUCACUGAUUCUCAAACCUCUAUCAUGAUCAAAACCACAGCUCGCACUGCUCCGGAACGUCAACAGGAAAUCAAUCACCUGAUGUACAAAGCUCAAUUCGCUUCUGAUAAAUAUGUCAAUGAUUUUGGCAUCAGCAUAAACCCAUCCAUGACAGAAGUGAAAGGACGAGUUCUCCCACCACCAAGACUAAUCUACAGCGGGAAAACAUACUCGAAUCCGACACAAGGUAUUUGGGAUCUCCGUGGAAAACAAUUUCACACUGGAAUCGAAGUGCAGGAAUGGGCGAUUGUCUGUUUUGCUGACCAAAUGCAAGUGAAGCAAAAUGAUCUCCGCAACUUCACUUCAAUGCUUCAAAAAAUCUCGAGAGAGGCGGGUAUGCCUAUUACCAGCGGACCAUGUUUCUGCAAAUAUGCUGUUGGUGUGGAGCAGGUCGAAUCGAUCCUGACUUACUUGAAAUCCAAGUACAAGAAAAUUCAACUCGUCAUUGUGGUGUUGCCAGGAAAAACUCCAGUUUACGCUGAAGUCAAACGAGUUGGAGAUACCAUCAUGGGAGUUCCUACACAAUGUGUACAAGCGAAGAACGUUAUGCGUUCAACGCCACAGACAAUCUCUAACAUCUGUCUCAAAAUGAAUGUGAAGCUCGGAGGAGUCAACUGCAUUCUACAUCCCAGUCUCCGCCCACCAAUCUUCAUGGAACCUGUAAUCUUUCUGGGAUGCGACAUCACUCACCCACCAACCAGUGACACUAGAAACCCAUCAGUUGCUUCGAUUGUCGGAUCAAUGGAUGCUCACCCAAGCAAGUAUGCAGCUACAGUACGUGUUCAAAAAAGCAGAGUAGAGAUGAUUCUGGAAAUGUCGACUAUGGUGAAGGAGUUGCUGCAAAAGUUCUAUAUGAGCACUCAUUUCAAGCCGUCGAGAAUUGUGGUCUACCGCGAUGGAGUUUCCGAAGGACAGUUCUUCAAUGUUCUCCAAUAUGAGCUUCGUGCUAUCCGGGAAGCCUGUCUAAUGUUGGAAACUGGAUACGAGCCAGGAAUCACGUUCAUCGCUGUUCAAAAGAAACACCAUACUCGUCUGUUUUCCGCAGAAAAGAAGGACCAAGUUGGAAGAUCGUCGAAUAUCCCACCAGGAACCACUGUAGAUGUCGGUAUCACUCAUGCGACGGAAUUCGAUUUCUUCCUCUGCUCACAUGCCGGAAUUCAAGGAACGUCUCGUCCAUCUCGUUAUCAUGUCUUGUGGGACGACAGCAACAUGAAAUCCGACGAUGUCCAACAGAUGACCUACCAGUUGUGUCACACCUAUGCAAGAUGCACCCGAUCUGUGUCUAUUCCGGCGCCGGCGUACUAUGCUCAUCUCGUUGCACUUAGAGCUCGCUAUCAUUUGGCUGAUCGGGAGCAUGACUCCGGUCUGGGGUCACAAUCGUCGGCACAUUCGCAAAAUUCCAAUAUUGCAAAUUUAUCCAAGGCUGUGAAGGUCCACCCCGAUGUAGGAAAAGUCAUGUACUUUGUCUAA